GGGAAACAGGAUUCGAUAGCUUUGGAGUCGCUGCGCUGGUGCUGGCGGAUAACGGAGACCGGCCGGUUGGGCUUUCUUCCUAUCUUAUUCCAGAACAUGUGACCUUGAAAGUAUCCCCUUGAAGAUGUUGGUGGCUGUAGGUGCCAAGGGAAGAGCUGGAACUGUAGAACUCUGAAAAAUACAGUGGAUUCUUGAUAGGGUCCAGGAUCCUUCUGUAUCUUGAACCUGGAGUGUUGGCUAUUCCUUGGUAUCAUCUGCAAAUUUGAUGAGUUCCCUUUCUAUCUCCUUGUCUUGGAUGUCAAACUACUUGUAAUCAGAUCAGAUGCUGAGAAGAUGGAGCAUUCGAUCUCUGAUUGUGGACAACAGAUGCCUGUGUCACCGCCACUGCCACCUCCUCCUCCUCCUCUCCCACCCUUUUUCUCUGGAGGACCACCACCAUCUCCUCCUCCUCCUCCUCCUCCUUCUCUUCCUCCUCCACCACCACCUUUUCCAUCCUCUUCUGGAGGUCCUCCAUCACUAACUUCCCCUACUUCUUUUUCAUCAUCAUCUGGAGAUCAUCCUCCACCACCACCACUACCUUCAUUUCCUGUGACAAACACAGAACCACCCAAAGUGAAAAGGGAGGAAUCCAAAAGUCGGAGUGCUUUACUACAUGAGAUCCAAAGAGGAACUCGACUGAGAAGAGUAAGCCAGAUCAAUGAUCGCAGUGCUCCACAGAUUGACACUAACAGAAGAAGGCCCAGCAAAGAUGGAGGAAGUGCUGGAAAUUGUAGCAGUGAAAUACCUCAGGCAUUAGGGAACCUUUUUGCAGAAGGAUUUCCUGUUCUGAGACCAGUGGGCCAAAGAGACUUAGCAGUUAAUAGGACUGGAAAGCCACCUAUUGCCAAAACAGCCCCAGCCCCAAUCAACAAUAAUGGGAAGUCCAGUGGCAACUUUCAGAUCUCCCCAAGUGGCCCUAAGCAAGCAGAUGAGUCAGAAGCAUCCAAGAUCCAGAGUGCUAUACCAGCUCCCCCCAAUAUCCCUGCUCCUCCUCCUCCUACUUCAAUUCCACCUCCUCCUUCUUCACCUCCACCUCCUCCUCCUCCUCCUCCACCACCACCAUUACCAUCUCCCUCUGGCAAACCAUCACUUAUCUUUCCCCCUCCUCCCCCUGUACCACCCCCUCCUUCUGAGCAUCCUACUAAGUUCCCUUCCCCAGACAUGGCUGCUGCUGCUGCUGCAUCCUCCCAGAUUAGAACUCCUAAAAGUCACCUCUCCCCAUUGCACAUAUCUUCUCCUCCACCAUUACCCAUGUCUCCAUCAUCCCCCUAUGAGCUUCCAGGCAAAAUUAAUGAAUGUUACAGCCGAAGCUCCUCCCAGCUUGAUCUAAAACAUAAUUCUCCCCCCAUGCCACCACCACCACCUCCUCUCCCAGGACCUUCUAUGUCUACUUUUUCUUCACCUAGAACCUCAAUGUUUUCACCACCAUCACCAAUCUGUAACAGUGCCUUGAACAGCAGCCGUGAUUCUGCUCCCCUAAUGCUUCCUAAGAGCCAACUGCAAAAGCUCCCCAUUCAAUCCGUGCCUCUUCCCUCUACUCCCCCAAGCACACAGCAAGCUCCUGCAAUGCAGAAAAGGAGACAAGGAAGAGGUGGAGCAAAAUUGAUGCCACCACCUGUUCCACCUGCAAGGUCACCCACAACUGAGCUCACAAGCAAAUGCCAACUCACACAAGUAUCUCUGUGGCCACCAGCUACUCAGGACCCAGAAUUGGUGGAACUGGAUGGGGCUGAACAAGCUUUAAGCAAAACGUAUGGAAUUUUAAAAAUAUGUGGGGAUCUACAAAAGAAGCAUGCUGGACAAGAUGGGAGAACUGACUGCAAUCAUUUUGACUAA